AAACGCAACAUGUGCAAACGCCGAGUAAAACCAGACACUCAGUUGGCGUGAACCUUCCGUGGCGUGUCUCGCUUUAUUACUGACACGUCACUGAGGUCAGGGAGACACUGAAGUAAAGAUGGCGACCGCCUACCAGAGCUUCAAUUUGCACACCACCCCAGAGAAGUUCUACAUCGAGGCCUGCGAUGACGGUGCCAAUGACGUCCUGGCCAUCGACAGGGUGUCCACAGAGAUGACACUCACGGGGAGACAGGACAUUCCUCCUUCAGCAGUCACCAGGCCCAUCUGUGGGAUCAUGGGAACUAUUCGGCUGGUGGCAGGGAUGUACCUCAUCGUCAUCACCAAGAAGAAGAGUGUCGGGGACCUGUUUGGCCACGCCGUGUGGAAGGCGAUUGACUUUGACGUGAUCUCCUACAAAAAGACCGUGCUGCAUCUCACCGACACCCAGAUGCAGGACAAUAAGGCCUUUCUGUCCAUGUUGAACAACGUCAUGACCACGGACGGAUUCUACUUCGCCACAGACUAUGACCUCACUCACACCCUGCAGCGCCUGUCCAACACCAGCCCUGACUUCCAGGAGAUGAGUCUUCUGGAGCGGGCAGAUCAGAGAUUUGUGUGGAAUGGGAACCUCCUCAGGGAAUUCCUUGCACAGCCGGAGCUUCACAAGUUUGCCUUCCCAGUUAUCCAUGGAUUCAUUGUGAUGAAGUCCUGUUGCAUUAAUGGGAAGAUCUUCGACUGGCUGAUCAUCUCCAGAAGGAGCUGUUUCCGGCCAGGCGUGAGGUACUAUGUGAGAGGCAUCGACUCAGAGGGACAUGCUGCUAACUUUGUGGAGACCGAACAAAUUGUCCAGUACAAUGGGGGAAAGGCUUCAUUUGUGCAGACUCGAGGCUCCAUGCCUUUCUUCUGGUCCCAGAGGCCCAACCUGAAGUACAAGCCCAAACCCCAGAUCAGCAAAAACACCAAUCACUUGGAUGGCUUCCAAAGGCAUUUUGACUCCCAGAUCAUUACCUAUGGGAAGCAAGUCAUUUUAAACCUGGUCAACCAGAAGGGGUCAGAGAAGCCCCUCGAGCAGGCCUUUGAUAAGAUGGUGUCCAAUCUGGCCAACGGCAUGAUCAAGUACAUAGCAUUUGACUUCCACAAGGAGUGCAGUCGGAUGAGGUGGGACCGGCUCCAGAUCCUGGUGGAUGCCGUGUCCGAAAUGCAGGAUGACUACGGCUAUUUCCUGGUGGACGGGGACGGGAAGGUGCUGAUGCAGCAGGAGGGCACGUUCCGCAGCAACUGCAUGGACUGCCUGGACCGCACCAACGUGGUGCAGAGCCUGCUGGCUCGCCGCUCGCUGCAGUCCCAGCUACAGAGACUGGGUGUGCUGAACGUGGCCCAGCGAAUCGAGGAGCAGGCCGACUUCGAGAAGAUCUACAAGAACGCGUGGGCCGACAACGCCAACGCUUGUGCCAAGCAGUACGCUGGGACCGGGGCGCUGAAGACAGACUUUACGCGGACAGGGAAGAGGACCCAGUGGGGACUGGUGAUGGACGGCUGGAACUCCAUGAUCAGAUACUACAAAAAUAACUUCUCCGACGGCUUCAGACAGGACUCCAUUGACCUCUUCCUGGGGAACUACGCUGUAGACGAGGCGGACGGGCACACACCUCUCCACGUUCAGAAAGACUGGAAGUUCCUGACACUGCCGAUCAUCAUGGUGGUCGCAUUCUCCAUGUGCAUAAUAUGCCUUCUCAUGGCUGGUGACACGUGGACGGAGACCCUGGCCUACGUGCUGUUCUGGGGCUCAGCCAGCGCCACCACGGCCGCCGUCAUCCUCUUCAAUGGGAAAGAGUUUGUGGACGCGCCCAAGCUGGUGCAGAAGGAGAAGAUGGACUGAAUGUGUGCGUGUGGAAAGCAGCUCGGCCCUGCAGACUCUUCCUCUGUCGCCGCCUCCUCUUCCUCGUCUUCACAGCUGCACCAGACCUGGAGUCUGUACUGACCUGCUCUCCACACUGUUGUCACACUAGUUUCUCUUUUUUCUUUCUUUUCUUUUUUUUACUCCUGUUUCAGAGCUGCUGUUACUCCUCCAGGAAACACGUGGGUGGGUGUGCACACUGUUGGUCUAUCCCAUAAGUCCUUGCUGUCAACCAGCACCAGGCCUGGUGCCUGUAGUGACCUCUAUCCCGGCACUGUUGUUCGUUUCUAAAUCCCACAGUUCCUUGUCCACAUCAGCAUGCUCAUGGGGUUUUUAACCCUCUUUCUACACUAGAUCCUAUCCCACGUUCACUCCUGUAGGAAGCACCUCACUUCUCUCCCUGAUUAUCUCACUAUUGAGAGAAACCUUGAAGGGUUUGUCUUUCACGUGUGAUAGGGGAAGGGGCUCUUAUCCUUUAAAAAUACUCAACCUGUAUUUCUUACCAUCUCAUUACGAGGUAGAAGGCUCUUUUUUAGAGAAGCAGUCCCUAUCUGUUGGCUGCUGAGUGGAGUAGAUUCAGUUGGGAUUCACUUUCUUUCCACUGUAAUCAUUUUCAUAGAAUGCUUUUGCACUACUGUAAUUUCAGAUCAAUAGUUCUUAAAUGCAAAAACAUAAGCGUUUAUCUGCCAUUGAGUCUACAAUACAAUGUAGACUCAAUUACAGAUAGAUGAUAUGAUUAUGCUUAUUAUUAAUUUAUGCAAAAACAUAAGUGUAUGUCUGUAAUACAGUAUAGUCUCAGUCUCCCCAUGGUUAAGGUGUUCGUAGAGGAAAUGCAUUACUCGCAUCCAUACCUGGAAUGGAUUUUAAAAACAUGUCAAGUAAAGUAUGGCUUUCUUUUGACUUUCUUUUAUUCUUCCUCUUUACACAACAGUCCUCACUGUAAGUGCUUAACAAAAAAUCCCUAUUCAACUGUACAUCUAAUUAAGGAAAACCAUAAACCGUUGUUCCUCUGCCCUGUGUGUUAGGCUCCGUACCCACACGCAUGUUGUAUUAUCACUGUAAGAGGCUUCAGGAGAAACCAAUCAUGCCCUUCGUUUUACAGGGGAACGUCUGAGAGAAAUGCAGGUGGAAUUACACUGUGUACCACACGUGAGUGGCACAAGCUUUCUGGUAACAGAGUGUUCUCGUUGAACUAGGACCAAUGUUUAGUUUUUUUUAAUCGGCUCAGACAUGUCGCAGAGCCGUUUGGCCUCCAAUAGGCAAAGUGCCCCGCGUUGCUGUUUGGUGGUCUGCACAUACCUGUCCUCCUCUAUUCUUUUGCCGACUAGAGUAGGGAUCAUCAAAUGAGGUUCGAGAACAGCUGGUUUUCCACCCUCCCUUUACCUGUGAGUCAGGUGUGAAGACAGGCUGGCCAAUCAAAAGUGCUAGUUGUUCAGCUAAUUACCUGGGAGAAAAGAAACCCAGGGCCGGAUUUGGAUUCAAGGUCCAGAUUUGAUGAUGGCUGGACUAGGGCCUCACUCUGACCCCGGCUGCUCAUGGGAAAUGUGGGAGGGGCUUGUUGGGAGAAUGGUUUUUAGGGAUUCAUGAGUACUAUUAAAGCACUUCUUAUUCUGCUACUGGCUUUCAGGAUGGAUCCAAACCAAUCGGAGAAUGUAGAAUAUUUUGCCUUUUCUUCUGUCUUCUCUCUGCUACUCAUUUUGUGGUCCAAAGUGUGAUACUGUACAUACAGUGUCAAAUGCAUCCAUCACGCUGUACUAUAGUUGCCAUGUUUUACAGUCUUCAGUAUAAAGAUGGUAUCACUUGCUUGGGUGCUUUAGCUAGUUUUAACCCUUUAGUGCUCACAAUGUACUUUUGCAUUUACGUAGCAUACUUUUAUCCUUUGUAAAAAUAAAAAUGCAAAUAAAAAAGGAGUUUACCUUUAUUUGCUAUUUAAAACAUUGCUUCAUUAAUAAAGGUUUGUUGCAACUGAAAUUUAGGCUUGAUUGCUGUGCUAAGCAACAAAAUUAUGAAUUGUUGACCAACUUAAGCUUGAUUACUGUGCAACCUCUAUGUAUAAAUAUGACUUGUAAAGUGUACAUUUUUAGGUAAUCUAUGUAUCAUAUACAUUUCCUUGUAAUUAUGUACUGUAUAUUUUACAUUGAGAUUUGUAUGCAGCAUAGUUGUUAAAGCAAGUUAUGCACAAGAUGGUGAUGGUGCUUGAUCCACUUUUGCUUGUAAUUUGGUAACAUCUGGAUGCCAUGGAUACGAUUAAUACUCAGUGUAGAGUUGCAUCACUAUUGACAGCUUUUGCUGCAUUUGAAAGAUUUUUUUCAGAUUAUUUAGUUUAAUAUGACUUCAACAAUUUAAGUCUCCAUUCUGGGGGAGAAGAUGUUAGGAAAAUAUUCAAUUUUUCAGUUUCAUUUUGCAAAAUAAUUCUCACCGGUAUCUUUUUUUCCCCCCUCUACUGCAAAAUGAAUGCAUAACAAAAUCUAGUGACUAAAAUUAUUCUAUUUUUCUGUUUCCUUUCAUAAGUAUGAAUCCUAUGGUUUAAGAGGAAGGGGAUUAUUUCAGUAAGUUUGUAAUAAAGGCCAUGAUAAGACUAUGAUUGGGCAUCCAUUCCUGUCUUGUCCUUUACUCUUCUCAUCUUCCACCCUCAGUGUUUGUGACUUGUUGAAUCUAUUGUGAGGUACUUUUAAUGCCUUAAUAUGAAUUCCCUUUUGUGGCUAUAGAAAACAACCUGUAAAUGGUAAUAUUGCUUUGUUAUUGCUCAACACUGUGGCUCUUCAAGCAUAUUUGUCCAUUCGUAAGCCCUUUGUCUACCAACUCCUGCUUACAUCAGAUAUCCCUUGGCAUGUUAUCAGUGAACUCUUGCAGAGUGCAUUGAGUUUCUCCUUGAAAUUUGCAUGGGGUUGGAGCAAGGAGACUUUGAACCCAGGAAAAGCGCUUGGCUGGAUGUGUGGUGAUUUAUAAAUCCGUCUUUGAGGGCCAUUGGCUUGGCAUGUUCUCAUUUGCAGCCAACUUUCACCUUCCCUGCUGAUCAACUUUCACAUUGCUGUUGGUAUUUUUUUCUCAUUCUUGAGCAUUGCAACGGAUGUUUUAGGCUAGUUGAGAGCACUUUCCUUUAGAACAGGGUAUAAAAAUGACUAUAUUUUACCGGCAUCCUCCUUUUGGGAGUUUUCAUUACGUUACACUGCAUUACAAGUUUUACAUGGUCCUUGGGAGAAUCUUUGAUAUUUGUCUUCUGGUGCAAUUUUGGGCCUUAUUUUGGUCCAGGAUCAGUUGAUCUUUUACAAAAGAUGGGUUUGAGAGAUUGCAUCACUAAUUGUAUGAUGAAAUAUUUGGCAAGUAGAUAUCUAAAUAUAUUAGUAUUAUUUUCAUGUACAUUCAUUUGUGUGAACUACAUUCAUCUUCAGUACUCUGUAAAUCAACAUGAGAUGACAGAGGGGCUUCACAUGGGCAUUGCUGAUGGUCAUUGAUAAUCUGCAUUGCUGUAGAUAUACUGUGACAAAGUAUAAAAACAUCUCUUGUGCUUCCCUCUUCAACUGAGCAAUUGCAGUGUUGGGCCAUUGUGGAAUUUAAGUUUAAAAUAUUUCCUGGUGCAUUUGAAGAUUCUGUCUCUCAUGGAGGUGUCAACAUCACUGUUUUUUUUUCUGUUGUUCCAUUAUUUGGGGUGAUUUGUUUAUGGUUUCUUUUAUUUCAAAAUAAAUAAAGACUCGGAUGAGAAAAUCACCAAA